AUGUCUGAUACGGCUGAAGACACACGGCCGGCGGCUGCGCCAACAAACGUCGCUAGAAUUGGUCACGAGCCAGCGCUGAUUGCUCAACCUUCGACAUUUCUUCUUCCCCGAGGCCAGAAUCGCGCGAUGCAGGAUAAGCCGGUGACCGCUGUUGAUCAGGACCAGCUGAAAGGAUUGAAUGCAAUCCGGGAGUUCCUGAAGAUUCGGACGAGUUAUGAUGUUCUACCUCUCUCCUUUCGCCUCAUCAUCCUCAACACAGACCUGCUGGUCAAGAAGAGUCUAACAAUCCUCCUUCAAAAUGGAAUUGUCUCUGCCCCCCUCUGGGAUUCCCACACCUCGACCUUCGCUGGUCUCCUCACGACUUCAGACUACAUAAAUGUUGUUCAAUACUACUGGCAGAAUCCAGAUGCUCUCAGCCAGAUAGACCAGUUCCGACUGAGCAGCUUGAGAGAUAUCGAGAAGGCUAUCGGUGUGUCUCCUCUCGAGACGCUAUCCGUUCACCCUGCUCGCCCUCUCUACGAAGCAUGCCGACAGAUGUUAAAGACUCGAGCCAGGAGGAUUCCCCUAGUUGAUAUCGACGAUGAAACUGGCCGAGAAAUGGUAGUCAGUGUGAUCACACAAUACAGACUUCUGAAGUUCAUAGCGGUCAAUGUGGUUGAAACGGAAUUCCUCAAGAAGAGUGUCUCGGAAAUUGGUCUCGGCACAUACGGUGACUUGCAGACGGCUACCAUGGAUACAUCCGUCAUUGACGUCAUCCACAUGAUGGUGAAAUACAGCAUCUCCAGUGUCCCGAUUGUGGACGAGAGUAGGCGUGUUCUCAACGUAUUCGAAGCGGUUGAUGUGAUCACCAUUAUCAAAGGAGGCGCAUAUGAUGAGCUCACAACAAGUGUCGGAGAGGCGUUAUUGAAGAGAGCAGAGGACUUCGCUGGAAUCUAUACCUGUAGCGAAGAGGACAGGCUAGAUUCGAUUUUCGACACCAUUCGGAAAUCCAGAGUCCAUCGGCUGGUUGUUAUCGACGAUGAAAAUCGUCUGAAAGGAGUUAUCUCUCUUUCAGAUAUCUUCAAGUACGUCUUACUUUAUGGGGAGAACGAUGAAUGA